AUGGAGGCCUCAGACGCGGAAGAGGCGCGGAGCGUCAGCAGUCGCGAGAGCAACGACAGCAUCUGCUUCUGCUGUCGCGGCGGCGGCGAAGUCGUCUGCUGCGAGGGAUGCCCGAACUCGUUCCACGUCGGCUGUCUAGACACCGCGCGGCGACCCCAGCUGACAGAGGAGGAGUGGUUCUGUCCUGAGUGCGUCGCACGCUCGGCGGAGAGCAAAGGGGAUUUGGCAUCUGCGUUUUUCUCGGGAGUUCUGCCUUCGCCCGGUUCCUCACGCUUCCGCCCCCCCUCGCCGCUGUACCCGGCGAAAGACGCGAACUUCAAGGACUCGCAGUCGUCUCUCCGAGCAAAGAAAAGAAGCCUCAGAGCCUCUCAGCUUCUCGCGUCGGAGGCGAGCUCCUCCAGCCUCGCCACGGCUGGCGGCGAGCUCAGGGAGAAAGCAACAGAAGAAAGAGAGGGCGCCCGAGAAGCGCAGAGAGGAGAACGGGGAGAACAGACCGCGGAGAUGGAAGAGAGAGGAGAACAGAGAGCGGAGAGAGAAGCGAGAGAAGAAAGAGAGGAGACAGAGACCGAGCGCGCCGUGAAGAACGAAGGUGGAGAAGCCGCAAAGGAGGACCCGUUUAGAGAGCCUGCAAACGCAGCAGCAAGUCUGGGGAAACUCGAAGUUUCUUCAGAGACAGAGAAUGGCGGCUCUCAGCCGGUUCUGGACUCCCGUCAUCGACGCAUGCCGGAACAGGAGAAUGAAGAGAAAGGAGACAGGCGAAUGCAGAGCGCUUUGUUGAACUGCGAGAAAGAAAACGACCGAGAAGACAGAGACAAACGAGAAGGCGACGCUGGCGCAGACGGUGAAGCCUCCAGAGGCCGGCCUUGCUCUGUCUCCUCAUCUCCGUCCACAGCAGCGUCGUCUCGCGACCUCUGUCCCCCACUGUCCUCUCACCCGUCUCUUUCCUCUUCUUCUCUUUCUUCUUCUCUUUCUUCUUCUUCUCUUUCUUCUUCUUUUUCUUCUUCUUCUCUUUCUUCUUCUUCUCUUUCCUCUUCUUCUUCUCCUUCUUCUUCUUCUUCUCCUUCUUCUUCUUCUUCUUCUCUUUCUUCUUCUUCUUCUCUUUCUUCUUCUUCUUUUUCUUCUUCUUCUCUUUCUUCUUCUUCUCUUUCUUCUUCUUCUCUUUCUUCUUCUUCUCUUUCUUCGUCUUCUCUUUCUUCUUCUUCUCUUUCUUCGUCUUCGCUUUCCUCUUCUUCGCUAUCUUCCGCUUCUUCCUCUUCUCUUUCCUCUUCUUCGCUUUCUUCUUCUUUCCACCCGUCUUCGUGUUCGUCUCCUCAGUCCUCUUCUCCUCAGCCUCCCUCUGCCCUGCCUUCUUCCUUUCAUUCUCCUCUCUCCGCGUUCUCUUCGUUCGCGAGCUGCCGUCCAGGGAGAUGGGGCAACACGGCGGGAGGCGCCGGGAGUAGCUCGAAGAAGCGGCGCAGGCGAGGAGACGAGACGCGAAUCAACGUGGGCCCUGACUACCAGGUGCCUCGACUUCCAGAGUUUUACUUGUCGCGGACGGACGAAACUGCCUCGGCAGAGGAGGCGCGCUGUGCGUUGUUCCCUUUUUCACCGUCGCUGUCUGCAUGCGCCUCGUUGCUUGUCUCCUCUCACGCUUCCAGUUCUCCCUUCGCCUCGCAGCCGUCUGCGGCGUCAUCUUUCUCGUUCCAAGAGCGGCUUUACUCGCAGGCCGCGCCUUGCGCGGCCUUCCGAGACGCAGCCCAGGCAGAGGGUCUGCGAGGACGGUCGCAGGCGCAGACAGCAGGCGAGGAGAAGAAGCGAUUCAGAGCGUUUCCAGGUUGCUCGCUGGCCUCGCCGUGUGGAGGCUAUUUCUUGCCGCCGGUCUUCUGUUCGGGUGACUCGGCCGCAGCUCUCGGCGCCGCCGGCAACUUCGGAGCGCCCCCCGGCAGCGCGUUCGAAGACAGCAGACACAGCGCGCUGGAACCCAGGCUCGUUUACUCGCCGCGCUGUCUCGAAGAAAAGAGACAGCAGUGCCUCGCCACCGGACGCAUGCAGCACUGCAUUCGGACCCAAGGGGAACUCGCAGACUUCGUCGAGACCUGUUCUCGCUGCUGGCAUGCGCGGCCAGGCUGGCAGCCGUUCUCUGCGGAGUUCGCCUACCAACUUCUCCACCGCGCCGGCUACGAUCCUCAGCGAGCUCUCCGCAUGCUCGACGACCCGGGAUUCUGCUUUAACGACAUCUGCGAUCCGCCGCUGCGCAAGUACGACAACAAGUGGAAGCGCAGAGACAAGCGAGGAACUUUCCCCAACAGUCCGUAUCCUCCCCCGCUCGUCGUCCAGUCUUUUCUGCAGGAGAAAAGCCGCGCCUGUCGCCCCUCCCUCUCGGGGACCGGGUCCUAUGCAAUUCGAUGA